AACUUUGACUUUGGGUCAAGUCCAAAGUCCAGCAACACUUGAAACAUAGCCCAAAAUGGAUUCUAAGCUCUAACUUCUAACCAUGGCUUGAUUAGCAAAUUCCCAAGGAUAAUGGAGAUGACCCAUUGCAGACUUUGCAGUUUCAACAACUUAUUUACCUUCUUCAUCGCCUUCUAUUUCCUUGUACCCUCAGCACACUCAAAAGCACCUCUCAUCGGUGUCCACCCUUUAGAUGAGAAGUACUUUUCUUCGCGGCUUAUCAAAUGCAAGGACGGCUCGAAAUCCUUUCCCAGAGACAGUCUCAAUGAUAAUUUCUGCGACUGUGUUGACGGAACAGACGAGCCCGGAACUUCAGCCUGUCCCAGAGGCAAAUUUUAUUGCCAGAAUUUAGGAAGUAAACCCCAGUUUAUAUUUUCAUCCCAUGUAAAUGAUCGAAUUUGUGAUUGCUGUGACGGAAGUGAUGAAUAUGACAGUGGCAUCAAUUGCCCAAACACAUGUAUCAUGGGUGGAAAUUUGGAGUACAAGGCAAGACGUUUUAUCUCAGCUACUGAUGCCAAGGAAUCGGAAGAUGGACUUCUUCUGGAGGACUUAUUGCAUAAGGCUAAAGGGUUGAAGAUGGUGAUAAUUCUUCAAGGCGUUCUCCUUGGUUGCGUGGUGAUAUUUCAAUUAUUUCGUCGUCGUCGAAAAUUAAAAAGAAUGCAUUAUCAUUAAAGAAUUUUAAUAUUUUUGUAGCUGCAGGUUCCUGCUCAUACAUUCUGGUGUUUUGGCCUGAAACAGCCUUUGUCUUGGAGGCAUUCCCUUCUUGAUACAAAACUUUAUUAACCAAAAUCGAUGAGAACUGGACAAUAUGGGAUACUUAAUUAACCGUGAUUAUACAAAUGCACAAAGUGAAACUUUCAAGACUUCCUGUGGUCCAUCUGAUCCGAUGCAUGUCAUAUGCUUCAACAUUGGGCAAUACAGCUGCAUUAUAGGUUUAACUGUUAUUGAUGACAUAUUAGAUUUGGAAAGAACUGCUUCAAGGUGUAUUGGACUCCAUGAAAGAAAGAUUUUUCUUGGUAUAAUUUGUUGUGGCA